AUGCUCCACUUGUUGCGAGUGCUGCGCAGACGUGUCUUUGCAAUUGCGCACUGCCACAGUCCGCGGUCAGUUCUCCUGGGCUCGGUGGUACUCCUAGCUGCAGCGGCCUACGUUUUGCUCGUACUUCUUCUUGGUGUUGGUCCGCUUGUCUCCUCGGCCUUUUACUUUAUGAAAUCCUCCACCGCAAACCUUACAAGCCCAUUCGACACCCGCAACCCGUUCCGAUGCGACUCGAUCUUGCGCUCAGGUAGAUUCCUCGACGACGGCUACACAACCGCCAGUCCCACCGUGUGGGCCCCCGAGGGUUGCGUAAUGCGUGACUAUGCGGACCUGACAGCACUACAAACGUGCCUGCGACCCGGAGACCAAGUGAUUUUCUACGGAGACUCGACUGCUCGCCAACUAUACUGGGCCAUGGUUAGUACACUCGACAAACAUGUGUGGUCUGACGGAAACAUUCAUGGUAAUCACUUCUGGACACGCGAUGGCAUCACUGUAAGACUCUUUUGGGACCCGUUUCUCAACAACUCAGAGUCAUCGCAGCACGUGCGUGACAUUGCACAGUUGGGCCGCGAUGCACCUGUUAAUGACAUUUUGAUUGAAUUUAACAAGGACCCAAACUACGUGCCUAAAACCUACAUGUACGCUACCACAGGACUGUGGCACGCCAUGUUUGAUUCCGGGGAGGAGCAUGUGUUUGAAGGGUUCAAGGCUUCUUUAGAUGAGUUUGUCAAUGUAAUGAAGACGCGUGCCGAUGAUGCCUUCGAGGCUGUAUAUUUUGGCCCCACCAUGGUUACUUAUUUCCCAUUGCUUGAUCCUUCUCGAAUUGAUCAAAUCACACCAGGAGUUAUUCGGCGCAUGUUACAGUACUCAGAUGAAGUGUUUGGGUAUGAUCGUUCCUGGUCGGGUAAAGGUUAUGCAAAGGGCCCGAGGGCUUACAUGGGAGCUGGGGCUGGGGCAACAUACAAGCGAGCUAAGCGGGCUUCUCCUGUCGAUGGUGAUAUUGAAGUAUCAAUUCAUUAUGUCCCGGUAUUCAACGAGAUUGGCGGGAGCUCGCAUCUUGGGCUCUACGACAUGAUUGGACUGCACUACUCAACAAGUGCACCAUUUUUGCAAAAGAAUUUGCUCUUGAACCACAUGUGUAAUGGACGCGUCAGCGAGCAGAAUCCAAACAGGGCCGUCACAGACGGAACAACCUGUUGCACACCAUAUCCACGCGAGCCUUCUGUAUGGCCUCCAUUUAAAGUAUUAUUUUUGGGAGGACUUGUCACCUUGCUACUUCGGGUAUACAAGUACCCGCGUGCAAGUGUAGCCGUUGGAACGGCUAUUUGUGUUGCUUGCUUGGCUUAUUACGCGGACCGCACCGGCCGUUUUGCAAAAUCUCCGCGGGUCUUUUCUAUGCCCCUAUUGGUUAUUCUUUUGCAUUUAUUUGCUGGCGCCGUUUUUAUCUCUAUGACAGAGUCUCCAACACAUUCAAGUCACUGGAAAAUCCUGCUUAAAGAGUUGAAGGGCCUGGCCACCGCGCUGCUAGUGAUUUUUAAUGUUGCUGGAGCAGAUAUUCGCCGGUCACACUCGGAGGGUGCCGUGGCUUGCCGGUUGCUGUACUCGUGCUGGCUGUUUGCCUCACUAGUUGAGUUGGGUGGAAUUGUUAGUGAACUGCCAGCAAAGGCUGCGUUACGUUAUUAUGCCAGCCGCGUGGCACGUGCGGCGCUUUUGCCGGUAGUUUUGUCUAUGGCUUUAGGCCCAUGGCCUGUUCCUGUUAGCGAAGACUCAAUGCCGUCGUACUUGGGGUAUAUCAUUGACCCAAAACUGUAUCCACUUGCCAUUUCGUCGGUAUUUUGGUACUCGCUGACUGCAGCUGUUGUAGCGGUGAGUCGGGUGUCACUAGUUCGCCGGCAGGGAGUACUUGCGCAGACUGCAAUGCUUGCUCUUUUGGGGGCGUCUGCGUAUUGGGGAUUAGUGCGACGCGCACACGUAACGGUGGUGACGAAAGUGAUUGCAACGGUUGUAGGUGACGACGGUCAAACACAGACAUACGAGAUGGAACCAGAGGUCCACACAAGACACUCAGUAGUUGCGCGGAUUGUAUUGGGAGAUUAUUGGGAUGCGUUUGCUGCGAUUGCAGUUUGUUGGUUUGUUCACAUGAAGACAGAGAGUAAAUUGAAUUCUCUCAAAAAGAAAGUACCAAAGUGGAUCUGGACAGCAGUUCCUCCAGUGUUGUUGGCGGUGGUGGCGAACCUGUUGUUUGUUCUUCAUGUUUUUUGCAUAGAGGACCCGAAACUAACCUUCACACCAUCGACUUCAGCAGAAAUACAGCCAGCAUCUGUGAUUGCAGAGAUGAGGGCCAGUCGGUACCCACUGGCAGUGCAUGUUAUUUUAGCACUGGCGACGUUUGCUGGUUACGCUGGAGUCCGGGUACGUGUUGCGCAAAGGCAUACGUCAUCGAAUCUGAUGUCUGCCACGCUGAGGUAUUCAAGUGUGUGUACGGGACUGGCGAGCUUCUCAUACGAGCUGCUACUAUUGAGACGGCACUUGUUACUUGCUGGCAACAUGACGACACAGUUGCGGAUUAUUCCAGUUGGGACUGUUGUUCCUGCGCUGCUGCGAGGGACGUUAUUUGGAGUUGGUGAUUUAUAUGAGUCGAGUAGGUUUUUUGCGAUACCUUGGGAGAGUCUUCGGACGGCAGCGAAUUUGGUUCUGGCCGGGACAAUUUGUGUGAUUGUUUCGUUAGUUGCUGCGGGACCGUAUACUGGAGUGUUUGAGGUACCUGAGGGUAGGAAAGAAGAACUGGAAGUGGGAAAGGAGGAAUUUGGAGAAAAAUUGUGA